CAAGCAAUAGACCCGGGUUCGACUCCCGGCUGACGCAAUUCCUUUUUGCCUCCACGUUUUUAGGGUUUAUCUAGAAUGCAUGGCUGCGGCACUGGUGCGCGCCUCCAUUACGUCCAUCCCAUCUCCCUCCUCCUCCUGGCGCAAGCGCUCCUCUGGGAGCACACUCAAGCUCGAGGUAAGCAACAAUCCAGAGCCGCCGCCGAUUGUCGAUAGCAGGAUCCUCGCCUGGCUCAAGAACAACGGCAAGGACGCCGCCUCUUCCACAUCGUCCUCCACCGAUUUCGACGAUCUGGUCGGGAUCUUCUCGAGCUCCAGCAGCGAGGAGCGCGCCAGCGCCCUCGACAAGCGAUGGAAGGAGGACGAGAAGAAGAAGAAGAAGAAGAAGCUCACGGCGGCGAUGGUGGCCAGCGUCGUCGAGUCCCUCCCGGGCGUGAACCAAGCCGUGGCAUUCUUCCAUUGGGCCGGCGACCGAUUCGAUCACAACGAGCACACCUACAACGCGCUGCUCAAGCUCCUGCUCGCCUCCAGCGGUGCCGAGCACGAGGCCCUCCGCCUCUUCCUCGCCAUGCUCGACGCCGGCUACCCCUCCGACUCCUCCACCUUCGCGGUCGUGCUCCGCGGCCUCCACGCCUCGGCCAAGCUCCGCCACCUCGGUCCCCUCCUCCUGGACGAGAUCCGCGACCGCGGCCUCUCCCCGGACCCGGUCGAGCUCAACACCAUCCUUGCCGAGCUGUGCGACGCCCGCGACACCACCACCGCCAUGGCGCUCUUCGACAAGAUGGCGGAGCUGGGCGCCGUCAACCACACCACGUACUACAACCUCAUCCACCCGCUGUGCAAGGCCCGGCUCCUGGACGAGGCCAUGGGGCUGCUGCUUGACAUGAAGUCGCGCGGCAUGAACCCGGGGACGCUCCUCCACAACGUCGUCAUCGGCGGGCUGUGCCGCGCGGGGCGCCUCCGCCACGCGCUGGGUGUGUACCGCCAGAUGAACGACGCCCACCCCCCGGACUUCCUCACGUACACCAAGCUCGUCCACGGGCUGUCCAAGGCGGGCCGGCUGCGCGACGCCGUCCAGGUGCUGCAGGAGAUGGUGUCCGCGCGGCACGUCCCGGACAACACCACGCUCACCGUCGUCGUGCAGUCGCUGUGCCUGGGUGACCGCGUCGACGACGCGCGGGAGCUCGUCGAGGAGAUGCUCCACCGCGGCAUGGCGGCGAACGCGAUCACGUACUCGGCGCUGGUGGACGGGCUGUGCAAGUGCGAGCGGCUGGACGAGGCGGUGGCGCUGCACCCGGACAUCAUCACCUACACGGCGCUCAUCGGCGGCUUCUGCAAGGCGCGCGACGUCGGCCGCGGCCUGGAGCUGCUGGGCGAAGUCACCCGCCGCGGCUUCACCCCGGACAUCGUCACGUACUCCACCGUCAUCGAUGGUCUCUGCAAGGCGGGCCGGCUGCGCGACGCCGUGGACAUCUUCGAGGAGAUGAGCUGCGCGCCGACCGCCAUCACCUACAACUCGCUCAUCGGGGGCUACUGCCGGGCCGGGGACAUGGACGAGGCGAUCCGGCUGCUCGGGAAGAUGGUGGACGACAACUGCGCGCCGGACGUGAUAACUUACACCACGCUCAUGUCCGCCUUCUGCAAGAUGGGCCGCCUGGACGACGCCUACGAGCUCUUCCAGCAGAUGGUUGCCAACAAGCUCAGCCCCGACGUCGUCACCUUUACGAGCCUGGUGGACGGCCUGUGCGGCGAGGGCCGGAUGGAGGACGCGCUGGAGCUGCUCGAGGAGAUCACCCGCCGGGGCUGCCCGCCGACCAUCUACACGUACAACUGCGUCGUCGACGGCUACUGCAAGUCCAACCAGGUGCGCAAGGCCGAGGAGCUGGUGGCGGACUUUCGGAGCCGCGGCUUCGUCCCCAACACCGUGACUUACAACAUCCUCGUCGCUGGCUGCUGCCGGGCCGGGAGGACGGAUCAGGCGCUCCAGUACCUGGACCAGCUCAACUCGGAAGGCGGCCCCUGCCCGACCAGCGUCGCCAUGUACGCUAUCAUUCUCGACGCGCUGUGCCGGGACGGGCGGACGGACGACGCGGUCCAGUUCUACGAGGAGAUGAUCCAGAGAGGAUAUGUCCCUGCGGCUGCCACCUUUGCCACGGUUGUCUUUGCGCUGUGCAAGGCCCACCAGCCUCAGCAGGCUCACGAGCUUCUCGAGGAGAUGAUCAAGUAUGGCCACACGCCGGGGCCUGGGACCUGUGACGCUGUCGUCUCUGCCUACUGCCGGGCCGGGAUGAUCCAAAAGGCCGACGAGCUGGCCAGCGAGCUCAGGCUUUACACGGACAAGAGUUCUUCCUAACUGGAAGAACACCAGAAAAAAGCGCAUCAUUAAAGAAUCGAAAGAAUAGUGUACCAGUUUGAGAUUAGUUGAGAAAAGAAAAACAAUCGCGGCGCGGGAUCAAGCUUUUUCCUUGUUCGCGCGCCCCGCCGGCCUCAAUGCAGUUGAGGCCGAAAGAAUGAAAUGCUAGCUAGAAGCUAAACAGGAACUUCCAAACAA